UAAACUCAAUGUUUUAUUACUCGUUACUCGCAUGAAUGAAUCGAUGUGUAUCAAUCGACACCAAUGUGGUUUGUAAAUUAUCGAUAAAUCGAACGACUUUUUACGAAGCUCACACGUUUCGCGAUAGAAAAAUAUCUAAUCGUAAUUGAAAAAAAAAAACUGAUAUCGAUAUAUUUAGAUUUAUCGCAAUAGAAUGCAGACUGGUCCGUUUCUUCGAUUUCUCAUGAUUUUCAUUUAUCUCCAUCGUGCGUCGACGAGAGAGACGAACGUGGAAUCGAUCACGACGACGAUAGACUUCGAGCCAGCUACGGAGACAGCUGAUAUUCAAACAGGCACAGCCGUUCAGUCGUACAGACGAUCGAGAUAUUAUCGGCGCGGUUAUAAUAAGAAACCAGAGGACGAUGUUCCUGACUACAUGGACGAUCACGAUGAUCACGACGAUCACAGUGAUCACGACGAGGAGGACGAUCAUGGUGAUAUGAAAGCGAUAAGUCAACCGAAAGUCGAUUAUUGGGCCGGUUAUUAUGAUUUUCUCAUAAACGAGGGAAGUUACAAGUUUUGGGCUGUUUUUCAAUUAGCCACCGCGGCUCUAUUAAUUUAUAGCGGAUUUGCCGCGUUAUAUUACGCCAAAGUGAAUCCACCGACGACCGACGAAGAUUACGACGACAUAUUCCGUCGAAGACGAAGGAAACGUUAUGCCCUUCCACCCUCUGCUAUUGAGAGACCUUUUUCCGGAUUAGACGACGUUACCUUCCAAAGGAUACUCGAUGCUGUCGCAAGAGAGAUCCAUUGAU